UCGAAUAAACAACAAAAACUAAAAGUUUUUAAAUUAAGGUAAUGUUUUGAUGUUAUAAAACCUGACGCUGUUUUAGAUUAGCACGAUUUCCCUGUAGUUGCGCCGAAUUCCAGCCGGAAAAUCCCUUAAAAAAUGCAGCUGGAUCCUUCUUCGCCGCCGCCUCUUCCAGCAGGAGAGCAUUGGAUAUGAGAGACGGCACAACCAUGGAUGUAACACGGGGAUUUAAAUUCUUGGACACGGCGGCACGCUUUGCUUCUUGGUGAAGAUGGGAAGAAAAUCAGCGGGAUUUUAAGGAUCAUUUUGAGGUAGAGGCGUCGCAGCGAAAGGAUGCCGCUGGUGAAGCGCACCAUCGAGCCCAGGCACCUGUGCCACACCGUGCUGCCAAGAAACAUCAAGAACGAGCUGGAGUGUGUGACUAACAUAUCCUUGGCAAACGUCAUCCGGCAGCUCAGCAGCCUGAGUAAAUAUGCAGAAGACCUGUUUGGAGAACUCUUCAAUGAAGCCCAUUCCUUCUCUUUUCGGGUCAACUCCCUGCAGGAGCGGGUGGACCGCCUGUCCAUCAGCGUCACACAGCUGGACCCCAAAGAGGAGGAACUGUCCCUUCAGGAUAUCACGAUGAGGAAGGCCUUCAGGAGCUCCACCAUUCAGGACCAGCAGCUGUUUGAACGGACGUCUCUGCCCGUCCCGAUGCAGGAGACCUUCCAUACCUGCGAGCAGCCGCCCCCCCUCCACAUCCUUACCCCGUACAGGGAUGAUGGGAAGGAAUGCCUCAAGUUUUACACAAAUCCAUCGUAUUUCUUUGAUCUGUGGAGGGAAAAGAUGCUGCAGGACACAGAGGACAAGAGGAAGGAGAGGCGGAAACAGAAGCUGGAAAUGCCUUAUCUUGUGUGUCCCAAGAGCCUUAAAAGAGCCCUCUCUGAAACCCCUUCUCCUUUCUUUCCUACCCCAGAGUUGCAGGACCCCCGCAUGUAUGAUCAGGUCUAUAGGUACUUAGACCUUCCAGGGCAGCUGAAGGCGAUCGACCGUCCACCCGAGCCAGAGAAGAUACCACGGGCGCCUCACGAUCGCAGGAAGGAGUGGCAGAAACUGGCUCUGGGGGCAGAGCUUGCCCAGGACGUGGCAGAAGAGAAACUAAGAGAAGCUAACGAGUCUGCGGGUUACCAAGACAACAGGGCCCCCGUGUACAUGGAGCAUUUGGACGGGCCCUUCUCACUGGCAGCGCUGCCCUACACCCAAAUGAACGAGCUGCUGAGCCGCACGGGGGACAGAAUGUACUCCAGACCGCACGACGCGCCGCCGCAGCCUCCUCUAGGGCACCCACUGGGAGAGAUCAAACCCCCAUCUGCGCUCAGCUCCAGUUCAGGCUUUUCCGACAGCAGACCUCAGUCUCCGGCGAGGACGGCGGGACUCAACUCCGGCUCUCCUCCUCCGCCGCCUCCCCCUCUUCCUCCUCCCCCGCCUCCCCUACCUUCGACAGGCCUACGAGGCACCCCUCCUCCCAUCCCUCCUCUUCCAGUCCAGAAGCAGCCCAUGGCAAUCCCACCCGCCCCUGCUCCGCUCCAGAUUGCGCCGGGGGUGCUUCACCCGGCGCCGCCGCCCGUGGCACCCCCCCUGCACUCGUCCUCCCCGGUUCGUCUCCAGCACUCCCUAGACAGGGGACUUCCCGUCGGUUCUGGGACUCAAUCAGACGGCACCAUCCUGCCGCCACCGCCGCCGCCGCCUCCUCUGCCCCUCGCUGGAGCACGGAGCUCGUCGCCCAGUCUCUCAGGCCCCCCGCCUAUGAUGGCCUUCAUAUCAGCAGGAGCCAUGGCCACACCGCCCCCCCACAGCCUACACGAUGUGGGGCCUAAACGUCACCAUCUCGCCAACCUGCCCCCUAUCAGCGACGCACGCAGCGUCCUGCUGGAGGCAAUCAGAAAAGGAAUUCAGUUGCGGAAAGUGGAGGAGCAGCGAGAACAGGAGGCCAAACACGAACGAGUCGGGAACGACGUGGCCACCAUCCUCUCACGCCGCAUCGCCGUGGAGUACUCAGACUCAGAGGAUGAGUCCGAGUUCGAUGAAGGAGACUGGAUGGAAUGAAGUCUGCUUGGAAAAAAAGAUGGAGACGGACGACCCAAAACGAGCGCUCCCCACACCUCUCCGUCACAAAAGGAGGAGCAUCGUCGCUGUCCGCUUUUCCUCCCUCCAGCUGUGUUUUUGUCUCUCGUCUGUUUUGUCUCAGUUUUUGUUCCACUCCACAAUCUCGUUUCUGGACAGUUUUUCUUCAACUUUUUGAAGACUCGUGUUAUUUCUUGUCUUAAUUUUUUAACAGAGAUUGAAAUAAAGAAAAAAUGGAGAAAGGUCAUGUUGCAUCAAAUUCUCCAUCACCGUUCUGCCACCUAGUGGCUGCAUAUGGCAUCAAACGAGUGCUUUCUUUUCUCAAACUUUUAUAUAUUUUUUUACAUUUAGGAAUGCUUCCAGUUUUAAGUCAGUGGUUUUAAAUCCUGGCGUGAAAUGAACCGUUUCCUUUCAUUACCAGAACUUACCGCUACUAGAAAACAUGGUGAUUGUCGAGUGACUGAAAUGAAGAUGGGGAUGUCUUUGACCACAUAUGAGCAUAUCAUUCCACCUAACCUUAACCCCAGGGAAAUAAAUGCCAAGAGAUUGUCUUUUUUUGUCUACGGAAGCUCAGUUGAGCCAAUUCUGCGAGUUCUUACAUCAGGAAAAUGAAAAAAAAAAGAAAGCCAUUGAGUCAAGGUUUGUUCAGCUUCCACCACUUAUCUUACCCGGAUUUGAAAAUUCCUGCCUCUCUCAUUGUCUGAUAAAUAUUCCAUGUAGAAAGAAGAACCUGAUCAGCAGCAGGUACAAACCAUGUACUGAAGGCAGCUUUAACCACAGUUCUCCAUCUACUGUGCUUCAGGAAAAAAAAGAAAAGUUUCAAGGUCCAAAAGAAACCCUAAUUUCAAAGAAAAAACAUCUACCAUCCCUUUCCAUUUGUUUUUCCUUCUACUUGCCUUAUUGUUCGUACAAAAAACGUAUCGUUGAGUUCAUGAAUGUACUGUGCUGUUACUACUUAUUUGCCUGCGCUUGUAUGGAUUUGCUGUUUCUAUGUCGGGGGGGAGGCACAGGGGACAAAACCCUGGAUUUAAGAAAAAAAAAAAAGGUUUAGAUCAAAACUGUACACCAUGUAACUUAUAUAACUGUUGACUGUAACAGUUUGCUUGAAUUAAUAAAAAUCUAAUGUUUCAGCUCUA